AUGUCUCCUCAUCCACCACAACCGCAUCCACCGAUGCCUCCAAUGCCACCAGUCACUGCUCCACCAGGAACUAUGCCUCCAAUGCCUCCAGUUCCCGCCGAUGCUCAAAAGCUUCAUCAAAUCACUGGCAACGACGCAUGCAUCAAACGUUUGCAACAGUUAAAAGUUGAGAAUGGCGCGAAAAUGUACAUGAAGCCAGCCGAACCUGGACAAUUGGGUAGAAAAGUGGAUAUUCAAACUAAUAUCUUCGGAGUUAAAGUGACAAAGGAAACCACUGUCCACCGUUUUAUGGUUCACGCAAAGGCCAAUUUGACUCCAACUAACUAGGGAAUGGUGUUACCCCUGCAAUCGCUAGGAGGACAAAACAAAGUGAAAAUGGAAGAUCAGAUCUAUGGCUACAAGAAUCAGUUUUUGGAAUCUGCUUAACUCGGUCCCAAAGCUGAAAUUUUCGGUCUUAAAAAGUAGUCCUUUUUUUGCUCAAAAUGCCGUUUUUCGUGUGUAGAAGUGGCUACAUAAAAGUUUGGCACUGCAGCCGCCGUUCGAAUGGCCGAUUGGUGAACUCUUGUGCUCAUUAAUCUAAAGGUCACGGGUUCGUUCCCCACUAGGUAUUAAUUUUUUUUUGAAUUUUUCCUCUAGCAUGAAAUAUGCACAAAAACACGGUUUCUUCAAAGUGAAAAUUUAUCAAAAAAAGAAAACUUCCAAAAAGUUUCCAAAUUACUUUUAUGGUUCCCAGGAACCAAAAAAUUUAUUCCGAAGUUACCAAAAAACGGAAGAAACCGUGUUUUUGUGCAUAUUUCAUGCUAGAGGAAAAAUUCAAAAAAAAAUUAAUACCUAGUGGGGAACGAACCCGUGACCUUUAGAUUAAUGAGCAUAAGAGUUCACCAAUCGGCCAUUCGAACGGCGGCUGCAGUGCCAAACUUUUAUGUAGCCACUUCUACACACGAAAAACGGCAUUUUGAGCAAAAAAGGACUACUUUUUAAGACCGAAAAUUUCAGCUUUGGGACCGAGUUAAGCAGAUUUCAAAAACUGAUUCUUGUAGCCAUAGAUCUGAUCUUCCAUUUUCACUUUGUUUUGUCCUCCUAGCGAUUGCAGGGGUAACACCAUUCCCUAGUAAGGAAGUGACGUUCACCAAAAAAGGGAAAGAAGAUUUCGUCGUUCUUGACCGUCGCGAUAAAUGCUGCAACUUAUUUUUCCAUGCCGUGGAGAAAAAUCCUGAAUUCUUCAAAAUGAAGGACGGAAAUCAGAUUGUUUAUGACGGCCAAUCAACUCUCUACACAACUGUCAACUUGUUCUCAGAACUGGAUGCCAACGGUACGAAGUCCAAAGUCUUCCAAAUCAACGGAGCUGAUAUCAACAAUGACGACCUUAAGACGUUGCCUUGCAUCUCUCUCGAGAUUUAUGCCCCACGAAACAACUCGAUCACGCUCUCUGCUGAAAAUCUGAGCAAGCGUACUGCUGAUCAAAACAUUGAAGUGAACAAUCGGGAAUACACUCAAUUCUUGGAACUUGCUUUGAAUCAACAUUGCGUGAGAGAAACAAAACGUUUCGGAUGCUUCGAGCACGGAAAGGUAUAUUUCCUCAACGCCACCGAGGAAGGAUUUGAUCAGCGAGACUGUGUCGACGUCGGCGAUGGAAAACAGCUUUAUCCCGGUCUCAAAAAGGCAAUUCAAUUCAUCGAAGGUCCUUAUGGUCGUGGACAGAACAAUCCAUCUGUCGUGAUUGAUGGAAUGAAAGCUGCGUUCCACAAAGAACAAACUGUGAUCCAAAAACUGUACGAAAUCACGGGACAAGAUCCUUCAAAUGGAAUCAAUAAUAUGGCCCGUGAGAAAGCCGCGGCAGUGAUGAAAGGACUUGAUUGCUAUUCGACGUAUACAAACAGAAAGCGCCAUCUAAGAAUCGAAGGGAUCUUUCACGAAAGUGCCUCAAAGACCAGGUUCGAGUUGCCCGAUGGAAAAACGUGCUCAAUCGCCGAGUAUUAUGCGGACAAAUACAAGAUCACUCUACAAUAUCCGAACGCCAAUUUGGUGGUUUGUAAGGAUCGAGGCAACAACAAUUACUUCCCGGCUGAACUGAUGACCAUUUCAAGAAAUCAACGUGUGACCAUUCCUCAGCAAACUGGCAAUCAAUCUCAAAAGACAACGAAGGAGUGCGCGGUUCUUCCUGAUGUUCGUCAGAGAAUAAUCAUUACCGGUAAAAAUGCUGUCAACAUUUCACUCGAGAAUGAGUUGCUCGUCGCUCUCGGAAUCAAAGUUUACUCGGAGCCUCUGAUGGUUGAAGCGCGUGAGCUCGACGGAAAAGAGCUCGUAUACCAGAGAUCGGUAAUGUCGGAAAUGGGAAAGUGGCGUGCACCUCCAGGAUGGUUUGUAAAACCCGCGAAGGUUCCAGAGUUAUGGGCUCUUUACGCUGUUGGUAAUCAAGGAUGCAGAUUCUCCAGUGGUGACGUGAAUCAACUUGCCGGAAUGUUCGUUGAUUCUUGAAAGAAGAAAGGUAUGACGAUCAAGCCACCAUGUGAAACGGGCCUUUUCCAUACGGAUAAAAUCAUGGAUCAGCUGGAGAAAGUAGCUGCGAGCGGUUGCAAAUAUGUCUUGGUGAUCACUGAUGACGCAAUCACUCAUCUCCACAAGCGGUACAAAGCAUUGGAACAGAAAUCGAGGAUGACUAUCCAGGAUAUGAAAAUCUCCAAAGCCAAUGCUGUUGUCAAGGAUGGAAAGAGAUUGACUUUGGAGAACAUCAUCAACAAAACCAACCUGAAGUUAGGUGGCCUCAACUACACCGUUUCGGAUUCCAAAAAAAGCAUGACCGACGAACAAUUGAUCAUCGGAGUUGGUGUUUCUGCCCCACCGGCUGGAACGAAGUUCAUGAUGGACAAUAAAGGACAUCUUAAUCCGCAAAUCAUUGGUUUCGCUUCAAAUGCUGUUGCAAACCAUGAGUUUGUAGGCGAUUUCGUCUUGGCUCCUUCAACACAGGAUACAAUGGCUUCAAUUGAAGACGUAUUGCAAAAUUCAAUUGAUUUGUUUGAGUCGAGCCGCAAAACAUUGCCAAAACGUAUUAUUAUCUACAGGAGUGGAGCAUCGGAGGGUUCUCAUGCUUCUAUUCUGGCUUAUGAAAUCCCACUGGCUCGUGCCAUCAUUCAUGGAUACUCGAAAGAUAUCAAAUUAAUUUACAUCGUCGUCACUAAGGAGCAUAACUAUCGCUUCUUCCGUGAUCAGCUUCGUUCGGGCGGGAAGGCGACUGAAAUGAAUAUUCCACCUGGUAUUGUCUUGGAUAACGCCGUCACGAAUCCAGCAUGCAAGCAGUUCUUCCUAAACGGUCACACGACUCUCCAAGGGACAGCGAAGACACCACUGUACACCGUUCUUGCUGACGAUUGCGCGGCUCCAAUGGACCGCCUUGAGGAGCUAACAUUCACACUUUGUCAUUACCACCAAAUUGUUGCUCUGAGCACAUCGAUCCCCACUCCACUUUAUGUGGCGAACGAGUAUGCAAAGCGUGGAAGAGAUCUCUGGGGGGAACGAACAGUGGAUGGUCCUAUCGAAGCUAAGGAGUCGCAUGGCGAGCGUCUCAAGGAGUUGACGAAUGAAAUCGGUUACAAGCAAACUGAUUUCAACGAGAAGCGCAUCAAUGCUUAGAUUGCCCCCAUUCUACUCUGUUUUUAUAAUUGAUAAUUGAUAAUUGCCUCAUGAUAAUUGUUUUACGGAACUGCCCUUUUUUAAUCAUAUUAUUAUAAUCGAAUGUUUUAUAAUUUUUGUAAUGUUGUUCUAUGUAAACUCGUUGUAUGAUGAUAAAAGUUUUAGACAAAUA